AUGAAGAAAAGCACCUUGAUUCUAUUAGGAGUGGUUGCCUCACUUCUCCUACUCUUUGUAUGCUCACAAAUGGUUGUUGCAGACCACAUCAACUCUGAUUCUUCCAAAGACGAUGGAAAGUCUAAAGUGGAAAUAUCCAAAAAGGACAAUGAGAACAAUGAUAAAAAGUCAACUCUUCCAAUCGAUGAUAAGGAUGAAAAGAAGGAAGAUGAUAAAAAGAGCAACGACAACAAGGAAGACAACGAUUACAAGAAGGACCAUUCCAAGAAAUUCUUUGACAAGAAACAUUGUAAACACGUUUGUGUGAAAUUCAAGUCAGAAAAUGGUAAAUGUUUGAAACACAAAAUUGUUGGUCAAACCAAAGUUUGUGACAAGUAUGCCACCGUCAAGGCCAAAUGCUUCAAGUACAAAACUUUGUCCAAAUGCGACAAGUACAGUAAGGCAGAAAAGAAGUGCAUCAAGUAUGCUCACAAAAAAGCAUGUGUCAAACAUCAAAAGAAACGAGUCUGUGAUGCGUAUGGGAGUAAGAAAAUUUGCUCAUCCUUCAAGACCAAGAAAAUUUGCGAUAAAUAUGUCACCAAGAAGAAGUGUGAAAAACACAAAGUCAAGAAGGUCUGCAAAAAGCAUGAGAAGGUUGCAAUCAACAAGUGUGAACAAGUUGUUGCUUCACACAAGAAGAAAAACCAUGGAAGUGAUAAUUCUAAAGAGAAGGAUUUCUCCGAUUCCUAUUUGCCUCAACCAAUUAAGAAGUGUCGAGUUGUUGGCUAUGAAAAUAAGUGUGUCAAACAUGAGAAGGUCAAAUUCUGUGCCAAACACAAGAAGGUGCAAAAGUGUUCCAAGUUCCUCAAGAGAAAGUAUUGUGCCAAAUAUGAAAAGAAGCAAUUCUGUAAGAAAUACAAGACUCUCUCCAAGUGUGUCAAACAUUCUAAGAAGAAGUAUUGCGUCAAACACAAAACCGUUAAAGCCAAAUGCAUCCGAUUCAAAAAAGAGAAGAAGUGUGUGAAAAAGUCCAAAGCCAAGAGAGUUUGUAAAAAGUUCAAGUGGACGAAGGGAGAGAAGAUUUGUGUCAAACAUGAAAAGAAGAAGGUUUGUGCAGAGAAAAAGAAGAUUUGUGAGGUCGAUAAGAAGAAACCUGAUUCCUAUGUCUUGUAA